AUAAUGUUGUGUUCAUUUCCUUUAGUUUAGAAAAAAAGUUGCUAUCUUUUGUGUUUUUGGUUACGUUGGUAAAUUCUUUUUCUCUGUGCUUGUUUGAUUUUGUUGAUAAGAUACAGUGUUUGUUGUUAAGAUGUUGCAGUUUGUAUUUGAAUUGGAUCUUAGUGAACUUGAUAACAACCCCUUCAAUUAUCUCCUUCCAUAUCCCUUUAGAACGCCUUUUCCUCAUCUUCCACUUUACCCAACAACUUCUACUCAAUUACCAAGAAACCCAACUCAACAACAACAACAACAUACCCAGUGUAGUUCCACAAGUGGGGUCUAGGAAUGGUAGGGUGUACGCAGACCUUACCCCUAACUUCACAGAUAUAGAGGCCAAAGAAACACAACUCGAUGUCUGACAAAUGUGACCCCCAAAGUUUCAAUUUUGACGAUUCUUGUUUUGAUACUACGAAAUUGAAGAAGUUCGAAAUCCCGGCUAUUGAGGUUAGUGAAAUAGAGGACAUUCCUGACCAGUGGCGUAGAUCAAGAUUCGCUUGGCUUUGUAAAGAACUUCCUGCACAUAAGAGACCUAUUAUAGUUAGGAUUCUUAAUGCACAGAGGAAGUGGUUUAGACAACAUGAUGGGACUUAUGUUGCUGUUCACUGUAUGCGUAUUCGCGAAAAUGAAGCUGAUUUCAGGGUUUACAAAUGGAUGAUGCAGCAACAUUGGUUUCGAUUUGAUUUUGCUCUAGCUACGAAGCUAGCAGAUUACUUAGGUAAGGAACGAAAGCACUUGAAGUGCCGGGAGAUUUUUGAUGACAUAAUUAAUCAGGGACGAGUGCCUUGUGAAUCUACAUUCCAUAUUCUCAUUGUUGCCUAUCUUAGUUCACCUGGACCAUUAGUGUUAGAUGAAGCAUGUAGCAUCUACAAUCGCAUGGUGCAUUUGGGAGGUUAUAGGCCUCGACUUAACUUACACAAUUCUCUUUUUAAAGCUCUUUUGGGGAAGAGAGAAGGCUCGAGUAAACACUUUCUGAAACAGGCUGAAUUUAUAUAUCAGAACUUGACUUCCUCUGGAUUGGAAAUACACAAAGAUAUUUUCGGUGGUCUUAUAUGGCUUCACAGUUAUCAAGAUGUGGUGGAUAUGGAAAGAAUUGAUGUGCUAAGAGCAGAGAUGCGAUCAAGAGGAAUUAAAGAGAGCAAAGAGGUACUCGUGUCAGUUUUAAGAGCUUGCUCAAAGGACGGGAACGUGGAGGAAGCAGAAAAAACUUGGUCAAGACUCGUCAGUCCUCCUUCUCAAGCUUUUGUUUAUCGAAUGGAAGUCUACGCAAAGAUCGGAAAACCUACAAAAUCAUUUGAAGUAUUCAGGAGGAUGCAGGAACAACUGGGGUCCACCUCCGUUGCAGCAUACCAUAAAAUAAUAGAAGUGUUGUCUAAAUAUCAAAAACUAGACCUUGCAGAUUCUAUCAUGUCCGAGUUCAUAAACAGUGAUACGAAACAGCUGAUCCCAUCAUUCAUCGAUUUGAUGGGGAUGUACUCCAUUGCAGAUUUACACGAGAAACUAGAAUCUACCUUUCUCCAGUACCGUGAAGUCUGCCCUCCGAAUUUAACGAUUUUUAACAUUUAUUUGGAUUCGUUGGUGCAUACUGGCAAUCUAAAACCAGCUGAAGAAAUCUUCAAAGAAAUGCGCAGUGACGUGGCGAUUGGUGUUAAUUCUCGUUCUUGCAACAGUAUUUUGAGAGGCUAUCUGACCUCUGGAGAGUAUGUGAAGGCAGAAAAGAUAUACAAUUUGAUGCGCCAAAAGAAAUACGAGAUCGAGAUUGAAUCUUCGUUGAUGGAAAGACUUGACUAUUUUCUAAGCUUGCGGGAGAAAGUAGUUGAAGAACCUAUUAGGCCGAAGCUCACACCAGAACAACGAGAAGUUUUGACGGCAUUGCUUCUCGGGGGUUUGCAAAUUAUUAGAUCAGAUGGAAAGAAGAGAUUGCAUGCAAUACAUUUUGAGUUUAAUGAAGAGCUGAAAGUCCAUUCCAUUUUGAAGGGACACAUACAUGCUACGUUUCACGAAUGGUUAGGCUCUCAUGAUGACGUUCCUAGUUCUUUUACUACCAUUUCACAUUCUUAUUUUACUUUCUAUGCUGAUCAGUUUUGGCCCGAUGGACGUCCUUGUAUACCAAAACUUAUACAUAGAUGGUUGUCGCCUCGUGUUCUUGCUUAUUGGUAUAUGUACGGUGGUUACCGGACAUCAUCUGGUGAUAUUCUAUUGAAAGUAAAGGGAAGUCCAGAGGGUGUUGUGAGUAUUGUUAAAGCACUGAAAGUCAAAUCUUUAGAUUGUCGAGUAAAAAAGAGGGGGAGAGUCUUUUGGAUAGGUUUUCUGGGGGACAAUGCUACAUUCUUUUGGAAGAUGGUAGAGCCCUUUAUUCUUGAUGAAUUAAAGGAACUCCUUAAAGCAGGUGGAAACUUAGAUGGAUCCCUGGGGCUGGAGUUUGACAAGAAGAAUUCAGAUUAUAGUGAUGCUGACACGUUGUAGAGCCUCAUCUGAUUAAUGUAUUGUUAUCUAUGCCUUUUAUUGCAAGGUGUAAUAGGUUAUUUAGAUUAAAAAUGUUGCUGCAAAAGUUUGUGGCUGAUAAGGUGCCCAAGUGCCUCAUCACUAUCUUUUGUGAUGUGUCUAGUGGUGGGUGAAAAGUGAAAACCAUGUAUGCUUGACUCUUAAGACAAUCUACAAAGUAGAGAGAUACUGCUUGUCAAUUGAUGCUACAUGUGCUGAAUAGAGGCGGAACCAGUUUACCAUCUUUUCCUACAUUGCUUUGGAUCUAAUGAUUUACACGGAUGUGGCAGAUGUUCCUUAAUUUUUUGGGAUUGAAGUGGACUAUGGCAAGAACAGCUGCUGAUUUUCUUUCAUGCUCGAAUGGAAAAGGGCUAUCCAAGAACCUGAAGAAGACUUGGGAUACCAUGCCUGCCCGCAGAUGAUGGUGUAUUUAGAAAGAGAGAAAUUGAUGAUGUUUUGAAGGGCAAGAAAGCUCUAAUUUGAAAGUUAGGUUUGAUUGCAUUAUGUUUUUAACUUUUUGUGUAAAUUGGAAUUGGUUAGUGGUGCUGGAUCUUUGUUACAGCUUAUAGAAGCUCUUGUAUAGACAGUGGGGGCAUUCCUUUCUUUUGUUGUUUUUCUCUUUUUCUUUGUUUAUGUAAUGACAGCACUUUCUUUGUGCUGGUCUUUUUGACAUCAACAAUGCUUACCUAUUGAAUUGAUGUACAUUUCCAUAGUAAAGAAAGAUAUGAGAAGUUCAAUGAACUUUUUGUCCAUUAA